UAAUUCUGAUACAUCCGAGCGGGAAGAUAUCUUUGUAUUAUGAGAACGUUCCUGAAGAAAUCCGGAAUAGUGGACCGGAAUCGGUCGUUAACGGUGAUAUUAAGUGUGGAGAAAAAGGGAAGAAUCCGCGUAUGUCAGUUAAUGGAAAAUGGAUCAAAACUGGAACUUUGGUAGAGCAUGAAGUUGAUGGCGAUUGUCCAAAACACAAGUCGAGUAAAGCAUGUGAAGACGCUACAACAUCGAACACAAGGUGUUUGUGGUGUGAAAAAGCUAAUAUGUGCAUUACUAGCAAUGAUAAGGAUACUCAGGACUUCAAAGUCAGUCUUUGCCAGAAUAAAAAUAGCUUGAUUGACGUUCCAAGUGAACCAAAAGUUGUCGAAGAAGACAAAACAACUCCAGCAACUACUGUAACCGACUUAAGAACUGAAUUGAAGCAGACUACUGAAAACACUGAAACUCAUUCGAAUGUGACAACACAAAUGAAUGAAGAUAAGAAACAAGGAGAGUCUCGCAAUUACGCGUACAUUAUUGUACCAGUAGUUGUCACAUUCAUUGUUAUAUGCAUCGUCUGUGCCAUUGGAAUAUGGUUUUAUAGAAAAGAGAAAAGUAUUCCAUGUUUAUCAUAAACGACUUCUUGUUUGUUUUCAUCAUUCUGACUCUUUCAUUUUCCUUUUUUAUUUUACUGUAAACACUUUCCAUUAUGUUAAUCAUUUCAGUAAAUCGGAGAUUGUUCCAUGGGACAGCACGCGACUACC